AAUUUCACGAUAUCCUUUCUAUUUUGAGCCAAACGCCUGUACACAUAUAAACUUCUUUAAUUCUGCGUCAUUUUGAAUCGGGAUGCCUUAGUUGCCAAUUCUGAUUCUUGAAUCUUGGAGCUGCGAAAGAUUUGGUCCUGGCUACCCGAGGCUCUAAUUUUUGUUUCGGGUUUCUGAGGAGUAUUACAGUCUUUUCGGCCCUAAUUUAGGUUACCAUGAACAAUUUUCAGGGUUUGAGUUGUUAAUAUUAUUAUCCGCCUCCUCCGUUUGGUUAAAAGAUAAAAUGGAUGAAGACAUCUCACGAUGGGUAGUGGAAUUUCUUCUUCGGCACUCAACAUCCGAUCAAUUGAUCAACAAAAUCCUCGUCCAACUCCCCAUAUCCAACAACGAUAGCAAGUUUAAGAAAACCCUUCUUCUCCGUUCAAUCCAAACACAAAUCUCCGACGGUGUGGUCUCCGAAACUAUUCUCGAUACGCUUCAAACAAUUCAAGAUAUGGAUAGCAAAGAGGGAAUCAAAACUACUACUUCAAUGAAAGCGGCAUAUCGGGCGGUAGCGCUGGAGUGCACGGUAAAGUACUUGGGCGGCUCCCUAGACAAGCACAAUAAGUAUUCCCAAGCCUUGGAUAGGAUUUGGAGUAGCAAAAUUGAGAAUUUGCUGGGUUGUGAGUUGCUUACGGAGGAUUUAUCGAAAACGAAGGAUGAAUUAGAGGCAGCGAUUGGGGACGAUCACCUGCGCAGGAAGUUGCUGAAGAUGAACACCCGAAACGAUGCGUUGCAAUCUCUUAGAGUUUAUCUGGCCGAAGCAUGGGCCGUCAUGGGACCCACGUUUUUAGAAUUAGCAGUGGCGAAGAUGAACGAGCAGAAAUCCGGCGGUGGUGAUGAUGUUGGACAGAGAGAUGCAUCAAUACAGAAAGGAAAAGGAUUUCAGGGUGGGAAUGUGCUGCAAAAAUGCAAACACAUUGCUUUACAUAGACGUAUCAGAGGACCAAUUAAGAUAUCUGAAAAUGAGGAAUUAGACACAGAUGCAUCAUGUGAAAAACAUGGCACCAUGCCCACCCCUGAAGUCAGUAGAGUGCAAGAAGCACUUAAAUUUAGUACUUUGGAGUUACAAGCAAUGGUGACAGACCCUCUUCCAGAUGCUUUACUCAGGGCUGAAGCUGUGGUAUCUGAUAUGGCAAGGGAAAAAGAGAAUCAUGAGCCAUCAGUAGAAAAGCAGAAUAAUGUGGACAAAGAUGAGAUGAAUCCAUCCAUGAAUACCAGUGCUGAACCUGUUCUAGCUAAUAAGGAUAAUCAUAGAAAUCAAUCUUGCAGCCAUCAGAAUAAUGCACCCAAACCCAGCUUGAUGGAGCGGAAUAGUACUGCACAAACCUAUGAGUGGAAUGAUUCAAUUGAUAACUCACCAGGAGGAUCAUCCAAUCAUGUGAAUAGAUUUCACUUACCUAGCCCAAAAAGAAGGGCUGUUUCUCCAUUGAAGAAGCAUGAAAUUACAAAACUUGCCAAGAGGAGAAAAAAGAAAAGAUGGAGUUUAGAAGAGGAGGAAGCUUUAAGGAAGGGCGUCCAAAAGUUUGGCUCAGGAAACUGGAAGCUCAUCCUGAAGUCCAACCAAGACACAUUUUCAGAGAGAACUGAGGUUGAUUUGAAGGACAAAUGGAGGAACAUGAUGCGGUGCUGAUAAUUCUAAACGAUUCUACGGUUAUUGUGUUUAUAUUCCUGUAAAAUAUCUUCUCUCGCUUUGCAUUUUCUCUUUAUUCUUUUUCAUUCCAUAUCCCAUCCUCUGUAUAAUUUUGUGUAGAUUAUGUCUGCAUUAAUGAAUCUGUGUAGAGCAAAUUCGAUACAAGCUUAUAUUACUAUAGUUGGGGUAGUACUCAAGUGAGCCUGUGUAUUAAUAUAUUUAUUUUUACUUUUCAA